AUGCAUGGUGCCCAGUUCAGAAUUCCUUAUCAUCUACAGUACAGAAUACUAGUAGCUAAACUCAUGGGGAAAUUUGUUUCUUUUGUCUUGCAAUUACUCUGCUGCUUCUUGAUAUCAUGCAUUGCCACAAACAUAAGCACUGAUCAAUCUGCUCUUCUUGCCUUCAAAGACGGAGUUAAUCUAAACUCUUCUCAUCCCUUAUCCCAAAAUUGGACUUCUCAUGCUUCCAUUUGCGAUUGGAUUGGAGUCACUUGCGGCUCUCCCCACCGUAGGGUGACUGCGCUAAAUGUAUCCAACAUGGACAUUUAUGGGCCCGUUUCUUCGCAACUGGGAAACCUAUCUUUUCUCUUUUCACUAGAUGUGAGCAGAAAUAAUUUACAUGGUGAGCUCCCUCAAGAUUUGUCCUAUUUACGUCGAUUGAAGGUGAUGAAUCUCGGACGCAAUAAUUUCAGUGGAGAGAUUCCAAGGUGGUUUGGUUUCUUUUCUGAGCUUCAGAUGUUAAUUCUUGAUAGCAACAGUUUCACAAGUAUACCUCCUGCUUCUAUUUCUAACCUGUCUAAGUUAGAAACUCUCAGUGUCAGAUACAAUCAUCUCCAACGCAAUAUUCCCCAAGAUAUAGGCAAUCUUCAGAGUCUAAAGGAGCUGAUUUUAUUCAGAAACCAACUUACUGGCCCUAUCCCAUUCACCAUUUUCAACAUUUCCUCGUUGGAGACUUUAAAUCUCACGUAUAAUGAAUUAUCAGAGAGUCUUCCUGUAGACAUAUGCUGCCGUCUUCCAAGAAUAAAGAGCAUUGCAAUCGUUUCCAACCACUUGAGUGGUCACAUUCCGCCUGGUUUGUCUAACUGCACACAACUAUAUGAAUUGUCAUUGUCACACAAUAACUUCAAUCAGAGCAUUCCACCAGAAAUUGUGAACUUGGAGAGGCUUGAGCGCCUAAACCUCGAGGGAAACAACUUACAAGGCACGAUUCCUGCAAAGAUUGGUGAUUUACAGAACUUGCAGCAAUUACAACUGAAGAACAAUCGCAUCACGGGUUCAAUACCCAACACCAUAUCCAACUUAUCAUCACUGUGGCUGCUUAAUUUGAACACAAACAAUUUGUCAGGUGUUAUACCAAGAGAGAUUGGGAAUCUUCACAAAUUGGAGAGACUUCAUUUGACAUUUAAUAAGUUAAGUGGUUCCAUACUGGAAGAGCUCUUCAAUAUCUCCACCCUAAGAAGGUUUUCACUUGCAUGCAAUAACCUUUCCGGUGGUCUUCCAUCUGCGUCAAGCUACUGGCCAACAAAUCUACAGUUUUUGCAUUUGGGUAGCAACAAAAUUGGUGGAGUUAUACCCAGCUCAAUCUCCAAUUCUUCAAAUCUAAAGAGUUUAGAUCUUAGUCAAAACAAAUUCAGCGGUCCAAUUCCUAACUCAUUGGGGGAUUUGAGGCAUCUUGAAGUCUUGUAUUUGGGCACUAAUAACUUAUCGUCUCCGUAUCUAAGUAUCUUUUCUUCCUUGGCGAACUGCAGAUCUCUAACAGCCAUAGGUUUGGCGUAUAAUCCUCUGAAUGGUGUUCUUCCAGAAUCCAUUGGCAAUCUCUCCACUUUUACUGAAAAACUUAAUUUACGUCAUUCACAAAUUAGGGGUCAGAUACCAUUAGGGAUUGGGAAUUUAAGUAACCUAAUCACUUUGAAACUAAACAGCAAUGACUUAACUGGAUCCGUGCCAAGAACAUUCUGUCAUUUACAGAAUCUUCAAGGGUUAAGUCUUGAAAAUAAUAGGUUAAGUGGACCCUUUCCAGAGUGCCUUUGCAAAUUGCCGGAGUUAGUGGUGGUUUCUUUGUCGAAUAAUCAAUUUUCAGGUCCGAGACAUAUUUAUCUAAAUUCAAAUUGGCUCACCAACAUACCCACAAGUCUAUGGAGCCUCAUAGAUCUUUUAGAUCUUGACUUGUCAAAUAAUUCUUUGGUUGGUUAUUUGCCUCCUGAUUUCGGAAAUUUGAAUGCCAUAAAACUCGUAGAUCUAUCAAGGAAUCACCUUUCAGGAAUUAUUCCCUCCACAAUUGGAAACUUGCAGACACUACUUUAUCUCUCUUUGGCUUAUAAUGAGUUACAAGGAUCUAUUCCGGGGUCGAUGGGGAAAACGACAAGUUUGGAAUUGGUGAAUCUAUCCAAUAACAUUCUUUCGGGUACGAUUCCAAAAUCUUUAGAGUCACUUCAAUAUCUGAAGGAUUUCAAUGUAUCAUUCAAUAGAUUAGAAGGUGAAAUCCCAAGUAAUGGACCUUUUCUCAAUUUCACCUCUCAAUCUUUUAUGGGAAAUGAAGAGUUAUGUGGCGAUUUGGUUUUCCGACCUUGUAUGACUAGGUCUUUUCAUCAUUUAAGGAAAAGCAAAUUGCUUCUGAUUAUACUUGUCCCAUUGGGAACUUCACUGAUGGUUCUUGCCUCAAUCGGUGUGGUUAUGUUAAGGAGACGUGGGAAUGGAAAUGUUCCAACUCAAGUUGAAUCCUUACCUGCAACAACAACACUAGCCAGGAUUUCAUACAUUGAAGUUGAAAGGGCAACACAAGGAUUUGACCAAUGCAACUUAAUAGGCUCUGGAGGUUUUGGCUCUGUUUACAAGGGCACAUUUGCAAACGGGAUGAAUUUGGCAAUCAAAGUGUUCAGUAUACAGAUUGAAGGUGCACUCGAAAGUUUUGAAGCUGAAUGUGAAGUACUACGCAACCUUCGUCAUAGAAAUCUUACCAAAGUUAUCAGCAGUUGUAGUAACAUGGAUUUUAAAGCGUUACUUCUAGAAUACAUGCCUAAUGGGAGUCUGGAGCAAUGGUUACAUUCUGAUGAUUACUUCUUGAAUGUGAUCCAAGGACUAGAUGUAAUGAUCGAUGUUGCAUCAGCUUUGGAGUAUCUCCAUCAUGGUUAUGCAACAGUUGUUGUACAUAGUGAUUUGAAGCCUAGCAAUGUCUUGCUAGACGAAAGGUUGGUUGGACAUGUGAGUGACUUUGGCCUGAGUAAGUUAUUAGGAGAAGGGGAAUCCAUGGCUCAUACUAAAACACUUGCUACAAUGGGCUACAUUGCACCAGAGUAUGGAUCAGUAGGAUUAGUUUCUAGAAGAUGUGAUGUGUACAGUUACGGCAUUAUGCUCAUGGAAACUUUCACAAGAAAAAGGCCAUAUGAUGAAAUGUUUCGGGAAAAUUUGAGCAUGAGGAGUUGGGUAUUGAUGUCAACACCAGAGGAUAUAAUUGAUGUCACAUUAAUGGAACCAGAAGAGAUUGGUUUCCAGAAAAAGUUGCAUUGUGUGUCCUCUAUUUUGGAGUUGGCAUUGCAUUGCACAACUGAAUCUCCCAAUGAAAGGUUGAACAUGAAAGAAGUCCUGGCAAAUAUCAAGAAGAUCAAGCUGGAAUUUCUUUGCAAAUGAUGUAGCAAGGUUUAUGGCCUGGAAAUGUGCUGGUAAAUAUCCAACUUUCUAAAAUAUUUUGACGUCAUCCAGAUAAAUUAUUUUUCUUAUUCAGGAGUAGAAAUGAUUAUUGACUUGUCUAUACCAUAAAUAAAUACAGAAACGGAUAUUUUGUGGAGGAGGACCAACAUCUUUUCCUACGGAAAUUAUGAUGGAUGUUGUUGGGUAUACUUUAUGUUGUAAAGUGAAGUAAACAACUCAAGUUUGAUCCCAUUUAAAAUUAUGUAUAGGUUGUGCAGCCUUUUCCUCCUGGGAUUGGCAGAUUUGGGUGACCCCGGUUUAGAUGACAACCAACAUUUGGUCCA